GGGUCAACCGAUAUUGCGCGAAGAGAGUUGCGGACGAUACAUGGAAGAGGAUGAACCACCUAAGUGCCGGCGACAGGAGCAGCCAAGUCCCAGCUGCUUGUUGCAUCGAGCAGUGACAAGAAGUCUAACCAGAAACCAUUCCAAAAUGCCUGGAGAGCAGGACCCAACUGCAGGUUCCUCGAACAAGCAAGGAGCAAGAAGACGCCUCAUAGAGAGAUUGAAGAACACAAGACAUGGCGGCGACAAGGGAACCAAUACAAGUAAGUUCCCUGAUGAGGAUUCCGCGAGCGAAGAUGCAGACAAGGAAUUUUGCCCGCUGAAAUUCCAUGGCUGCUCUUCAUCUGAUGCGGUUCAGGAAUUAAUCUCGACUUUCAGCAAUAGGAAAUUAGACAUUCUAAAUAAGUUAGGGUUGGGUGGGUUGCGGUACUUGAAUCGUGGUUUCCAUAAUAGCCGCCACCUAGUAUUCUGGUUGUUGAAGAGAAUGGACGUAGAGAACAUGCAAAUAAGGCUUGGAGAUGGGUCAAGUGUGCAAAUGAAUCUGGAGUCAGUGAGCAGGAUACUAGGAAUCAGAUGUACUGGUACUCACAUGACAGUUAGUAGUACUAAGGUAACAAAGUAUGUCAAAUUAAGACUGCAAGAACGUUUUGGAACUGAAGAAUAUAAAGAGUUCCCAGACUUGGAUGAUUUAAGAAAAAUUUUAUGCCGAGAAUAUGGGCAAGAUAUGUCUGAAUAUGAUGAAGAAACUUUUAUGAUUGCCAUGGCUGCUUUCUGCUGCGCAUAUAUGUUUGGGCCAGGAAAAAGAACUGCAAGUGUACCAAAUGACAUAUGGGACUUCAUCACCUUUCCGAAGAACCUACUGAAUUGCAACUGGGGGGGCUAUGUGCUCAUGGUUUUGCAAUCUUCAGCGCGUGCCGUGCAGAUGAAUAUGAGGAGUAACCCAACUUCUAUCAAACUGGGUGGUUGCUGGUUGUAUUUGCAGUUACUUUACUUGGACAACAUUGACCUUGGAGAUAACAACAUCCCUUUAAGCUGGUAUCCAAGAAUCAGAUGGUACGAUACACGAUUUCUGCUAGAGUUCAGCAAUCAUUAUGAGAAGUGCAAAGGCAUGAAGGCUAAGGACGCAUAUUUGAACAGAAAGAGGCGUGUACCAAGCGACCAUGAUGAUAAAAGAAUGCCCACAUGCCCACUCCCAGAUGAAAGCAAAGAACAAAGUACUCGACCAGCCAGGCAAGAAAGCACUGGCAACAAACCUAACCAGAGAUCAAUGCCUUCUAGGCACCAUGCAGAUGAUAGCAAAGAGGCAUGCGCAGAACAUGGUGACGAAGACUUUAAGACAACCCGACAGCAAAGUGGGUGUACAGUGGGAGACGAACCUUUGGCACCCACUACGAAAGAGAAAAUUGUAGAACAAAUUAAAUAUGGCCUUGAACAAGUUACAUCGCAACUCGAAAUUGUUGCCCACACUACUCAUGAAGAAAAUAAGAGAAACUUUGAGGCACAGGAACAACGAAUAAGUGAGUUGUUUGGAGACAUGAAAACAGUGGUGUCAGGACUUAGGGAAAACCUUGUCAACUGUAUCAUGGCGCACGGUAGGGUCGAAGGAACGCAUGAAGGCAGGAAAUAUAGUUCGGAAGGAGUUAAUGUUACAGCACCAGGAAAUGCGGAAGAUUCGAAGAUACAUGGGAAACGGUCAGUUCAAGGGGGCAUUAAGAAAGACAUGCCUCCAUGGUAUGAGGAUAAUGGGCAGGGCAUAGGAGAAGAAGAUGUUGCUGUGAAUGAACAAACUAAAAGGAAAAAAAAUCGUGUAUCUGAAAUGGAUGCUGAUAGGGGCAACACUGCAUUCGACGUGGCAGCAGCACAUGAAAGAGGGCGUGGGCCUCAGCAGGAUAUAGGCUCAAAUGUGGCGGCUGAAACAACCCAGUCUGAUGGCAUGUAUACUUUCCAGGACCAUGGAAAAACAGAUGAACCAGAUCUGAUGCAGCAACAGCCAGUGUUCGACUGCACGCCAGAGAGCAGCGGAGGACCUUCAACACGAAUUCCGUUGUGGCAAAAUGAAGGAGAUAAUUGUGUAAAGAACAUUGAAGAGGGAGUAAAAACAACGAGUGCAAGGGGUGAAAGAAUUAAGAAGGGUUUGAGCAAUCCAAGCUUUGGCAACAAAAAAGAGAACUCUGAUUCUAUCUCAGCUUCAAAAAGCAGAGUAAUUAAAAAAACAACAAGAAGAAGGUUGCGUAGCUGCAAAUCUGCCAAUGAGGUCGCAGGGACUGAUAAUAUGGUAGUAGAGAAAGCUAUUAUUCCUGUUUGCAUGACGGGAGUAACACCUGUGAAGCGCCACGUUGCUGAGAGGCGGGUUCCUCCAUCGCCAUUUGACCUCAACUUGAAUCCAAGAACCAAGAGCAUAACUUUUAUUGAGAAGAUGUUCCAGCACUUUGUGGAAGAGGAGUACACAGUUCUAAAUAGGGUCUGGUUUCGCCAUGAUGAACCAUGGACACUAAGCCUAACAGGAAGGCAGCUGUGGGUGGCAUUUGCCAAAUCUGUACUCAUAAACACCGAAACGUUCGAUGCAAUCAUUAGAUUAUUACAAGAGGAGGACAGCAUGAUGUACAAGGAUUGUUGCUGCGAGCACCAACAAUGGCGGCACCUGCUACCUCCUUGCUUCUCAGAUUUUGUGCUGGCGAAUGGAGAAGGCACUUACAGUGAACAAAUCAAAGAAUUGUUCCUGGGGUCUCACCUUGGCAGUAAUGCCGAGCAUUGCAGACUGAUAAUGUUACCAUGCGCUCAAGCCGGGCACUGGUCCUUGUAUGCUUGGGAUGUAGAGAAGAAACGAAUACAUGUACUAGACCCUGUGUUAUGCCAAAAGACACGAGAAGAGCAGCGUGCAGUGCACGGUGACUUAAUUGCGUCAUUGCAUUCCAAAUUAUUUGACUACUUCUCAGAACUAUUCAGUGGACUGCACGAUGAUAGAGCCGGAUAUAAGAUAACAUUCUAUAAUCUUGCACAUGCACCGGCGUUGAGGGAGGAGUCAACGUUUUACGUUGUGCAUUACAUAAAGUGGUUCGAUGGAGAGCGACUGACGUUCACUAUUAAUGAGUGCAAAGCAAAAAAUGCACGGAUGAGUAUAUUCUACAACCUGAUGCAAAUGGCUGCAAACCAAGGAUGGAAGCCUAAGUAUCUGGAUGUGGAUGUAGAGACCAAGUGAUUCUUAAGUUGAACCCUGGAUACUGUCCCUGUUGAUGGCAAGAUUGUUGAAUCUUUUGUGGGGGAAGGAAAGGCAAAAAAACUAGUCAGCUGCCAUGUCUGCUAUAAACUGUGUUAAAUAUCCAUUGUGUAAGCAUAAAGGUUCUAGAAAUUCAGUACUAGGUACAUUGCAUGGAAUGAGCAGUCCAUUUAUCUAGACGUGUUUCAUGUUCAUGUUUUCCUAUUACAGCUCCCCUUUUCGGU